AUGCCGGCGGCGGGCGGCGCCGCCGUCGGCGGGGCCCGGUGGUGGAGGCUGCUGGCGGGCCUGGCGGCCUUGGCGGCGAUCUUGGGGACUGCCACAGGGCAGUUUGUGGACUGCAAUGAACUCCUUGAGGCCAACACACCCACGCCCCAGGUCGUGGUGACAAACGAGUCCCUAAAGGCUGCCAACGAUGACCUACGGCUACUUAUGAGUUGCGUCCAGGGGGGCACGCUGGUGCUGGACCUGCCUGAGGUCACCCCACCAGACACCCUUGUGAUAGACAGCCCGAUCGUGAUCCGACCAGCUGCAGGCAGGCGAAAGAAAGUGAGGCUUAGGUGCCCACCAACUGAGGGCAGGGUGUUGGAGAUCAGUUCGGGCGGUGUGGAGAUUUCGGGGAUUGUAAUCAGAGGGUGCAAGUCAAACAAGAUAGUCAAGGUAGAAUGCAGUGCAGGGGAGGCGGCCACUAUUUCCAGGUCCACCUUUGCUGGAAACGAGGCCACUGCCAGCGAGGGGGUAGUGGAUGUGAUGGGGCCGUGCUCAGUGAACAUGAGCAAGGUCGUCUUCACUAACAAUAAAGGAGGUGGGCUGGGGCUGAUAGGAGGAGCAUCGGCCAGCCUGAAGAACUGUACUUUCGAUGGCAACAUUAAAGGCGGCAGUGGCGGUGGUGGUGCGAUAUGUGCAAAGGGGAGUGCCUCAUUGCUGGAUGUUGAGCGCACCGUGUUCAAUGGCAAUGAAGUACAGGAAACUGGAGGGGCCAUAGAACUCAGCAAUGGUGCAUCUGCAGUUGUGAGACACUGCACCUUCAGCAAGAACAUGGCCACAGGGAAUGGAGGAGCAGUUGCAGCCCUGGACAAUUCUGCUGCUUCAAGGUUGGAUGUUACAAACACCACCUUCCGCAGCAACAAGGCAGAAGAUGGUGGGGCCCUCUUCCUCCAGGGGGUCAGCCUGAGCACGUCUCUCAAGGGCGGCUCACGAUUCUUGAACAACAGUGGCAAGCGCCAUGGCGGAGCCAUUUCAGGGAACUCGAAUGGCGAUGUGAUCGCUGAUGGCAUCUUGUUCUCUGGAAAUGAAGCUGGAAACACAGGCGGGGCAGUGCAGUUGUUGGGGGCAUUUGUUGAACAUGUUGUGCGGUUCACAAACUCAAUCUUUGAAGAAAACAAGUCAUUGUCAGGAGGAGCGCUGCAUGCUGAGGGACCCAUGUCUCGGAUUGAGCUGGACACAGAUGUCCAGUUCAACAGGAACACUGCCAUGGCAGGAGGAGCAGAGUUAGGAGGUGGAGCUGUCGCCUUUAGCGAUGUGGGGAAGAUCCUCAUCAGGGGCGUGUCUUUCAGAUCGAACCUCGCAAUCCAGCUGCCAGGAGGGGCAGUGGUUGUGGAGGCGGCAUCGAAUCCAAGCGAAGUGACAUUUGUAGACAGCACGUUUUUUGGGAAUGCUGUCCAAGGGCAGCGCAGAAUAGCUAAUGGUGGUGGCCUGCACCUGGAGGGAAAGGAGCUGGCCACUACAAUAACUGGCUGUAUUUUUGAGUUCAACGCGGUAGACAAUAAUGGCGGGGGCAUCGCUGUGAAUGAGAUCGACAAACUGAAGCUGGAUUCUGUUGUGGUGUUCGACAAUUCUGCUGGGAGCAGGGGUGGCGGAAUGAUCGCUGAGGCAGUCACACAGGGUGGAAACAUUGUGAUGCUGACCAACGUCACCUUCGCCAGCAAUGCUGCUGGCCAGGAAGAUCUGGGAGCCAUGCUUGGCGAAGAAUCGUGCAGCAGGCUGCUGUCGAAAUCUGGCACAGGGGGUGGGCUGGCCUUGGAGGGUGAGGAGGUCAGCUGCACCAUCACAGGCUCUUCAGAAUUUCGCGCGAACACAGCCGCUUACGGAGGUGCCGUGAGCUUUGCAAGGGGGCGCAAUUUGACCUUGGAGGACGUCAGCUUUGUCAAGAAUAGCGCAGUGACGGGGGGUGCCGUGCAGAUAGCGAUCGUCGAAGGCACAGAGGCGAUCAAGGGCUCCCGACUGAACUUCACCAGAAAUACCGGGUGCCUGGGUGCUGCAAUGCACAUCGCCUGCCAAGAUCCUGGUGUUGUGGGCGUCGAGGGGAACCACACAGACCCACCGACCAUAGCCUUUUUCGAGGACGUCAGUUUCGAUGCCAACAAGAUCAAGGUCGAGGGCAUCGGGGGUGGCGGGAUGGCGGCAGAGCACAUUGGCGUCAGCUGCAAGAACUGCUCCUUUGUGAAGAACGAGUGCUCCAGCCGUGCUGCCCUGGGUGGCGGCGCCCUGGUGUUGCCGGGGGCAGCCCUGUCCGCUGUGGAGUCCAGGUUUGAGCGCAAUGAGGCGGGGGAGGGGGGUGGCGUGUACUGCGAGGGCUACUUCCUUGGCAGAAACUCCAGCUUUUCGGGGAACAAGGCUCUGAAGGAUGGCGGGGCGCUGCGGGGAGUGGUGCAGCAGCAGGUGGCAGAAAGCGGCAAGGGGCUGACGGCCCUCAGGCUGAUGGAUCUGCACGACUGCAUGGUGACCGAAAACAGGGCGAAGAGAGGAGGCGGUGCUUUCGUGGCGCCCCAGGACACGGGCAUCGGCCUGGAAGAGGAGGACGCGGACGUCCGCCUGGCGGCCAUCUCCGACGCCGUCAUGGCCGUGCACAACUCCCGCUUCCAGGCCAACAACGCGGACACCUCCGGGGGCGCCCUCUUCGCCCACGCCUCCGAGGUCUUUGAGAUCAACUGCGGCGGGGGCGCCGCGGGGGGCCACAGCUUCCGGAACCUUACCACGUUUGAUCCCGAGCUAUGCGGCUGGGCCAACAACACCGUGUCCGACACGGGAUACGGCGCGGUGGUCGCGACGGUGCCUGUCUCGGCGCAGAUCGUGCCCAACAGGAUCGUGGGCCACAGCAGCGGGGAACUCUUGAAGACUGUGGUUGUGACCAUCGUGGACGGGCUGAACCAGACGGUGAACAGCCGGGAGACGCUGGUGGAGGUGGGGGUGGCGGAGCUGCAGGCGGCCUUCGUGUUCGGGCAGGAGGCCUCGCACACAGAGGGCGGGCGGGCGACGUUCGAUGGGACGUUCCUUAAGGCGCAGCCGGGGACGUACCAGCUGGAGUACUCGUACGUUGGAAUUGAGGCGCCAAUGGUGCUGGAGGUGGAGGUGCGGCCAUGUGCCAUGGGCGAGGUGGAACGUGGCCAGGGCAGCAUAUGUGAGCCAUGCCAGACCAACCUGUACAGUUUCAACCCAAAGGACAGCGAGUGCAAGACAUGCCCCACUGCCAAUGCCUUCUGCAAUGGCUCAACCAUCACGCCCCUCAAGGGCUACUGGCACUCCACCUCCAGGUCGCCACAGAUAGCCGAAUGCCUCCAUGUUGAGCCGUGCGACUACAAAAUGCGGAAGGAGAAAUUGGCCAUCUUGGCGGCUGAGGCGCAUGCCAGCAACAAGACUUUGAUGGGCGACGAGUACCCUCUGUGUGCCUCGGGCUACAAGGGCGUGCUGUGCGGCGCGUGCGCCGAUGACUUCGGAAGGCAGUCGUCGGGCGCGUGCGCGCAAUGCGGCUCACGGCACGAGUCCGUGCUCAUCAUCGCGCUGGCUUCCCUGUGGUCCACCGCGCUCAUCGCCUUCUUCGUACGCAGCGUCCUCAUCGACUCGCAGCGCUACGACUUGCUCCUGCGGAAGAAGACGGCGGGGAACAAAUUGGAGAGGGACAACUCUGGAGACGGCUUCGGGGGCCCACCCGUGGAGGCCAUUCCCGAGAACGACGUCCCCAAGGAAGGCGCUGGCGAUGGGGAUGUCGAGGAGGGGACCCUGGCGAAUGCACCCAAGGCGAAUAAGACGAUUCAGAUCUUGGAGAUAAUCGACACCGGCAGCCCGAGGAAGGCCGAGGAGGGGGGUGCCGCAGGCUCGCGGGCAGCCGGGGAGGGGCCCGGGGGCCCGGACGCGGGCCCGGACGGGGCCGGCGGCGAUAAUAAGGGUACGAGGAAGAGGAGGUCGCGGCGGAGGGUGGACGCGGCCAGCAUGUCCGCGAAGUACCGGCAGACCCUGGCGGGCAUCGACGCCAACUACAUCCGGGAAAACCGCGCCCCGGAGAUCUUCAAGAUCGCAAUAAACUUUCUGCAGCAGAUAAGCAUCGCGCUGGCCAUCAAUGUAGAGUGGACGACGGCCAUCAAAAAGAUGCUGGCCACGUUGGACUUUGCCGGUGGCUUCUCCAACGCGAGCGCCUUCUUCUCCAUGGACUGCGCCCUGCUACCAGGUUCCGUGCCCAAGUCCAUCCGCCGCACGCUGCUGAACCUCUCCUUCCCUUUCCUGCUCAUGGUGGCCUGGAUCUGCUUCUGGUUCUUCAUUGCAAAAGUGUCGCCUGCCUCGCGGCGCGUGCUCAAGAAGCGCAUCAUCGUCACCAUCUGGGGCGUCUUGUACGUCACCUACUUCGACAUAACUUCCCGCCUCGUGCGCACUGCCUACUGCGUCGAGGUGGACGACCCCUCGAUCUCUGGCCCCCCCGACUCCGUGGCCUUCGACAGCUACUGGUCCGAAGACACGGGCGUGAAGUGCUGGCAGGGCCAGCACCUUGCCCUCUUCCUGGGCUUCGCCCUCCCCCUCUUUUUGCUCAUCCCCGUCGGCCUCCCCACCUGGCUGGUGUCCUUCCUGUGGGUGAACCGCACGAGGUUCGAUGACCUGGUGUUCCUGGGCAAGUACGGGGAGCUGUACAAGGCGUACCGCAAGCAGCACGUGUACUGGGAGGCCGUGAUCAUGCUGCGCAAGGCGCUGCUGUCGGUGGUGGUGGUGUGGCGCACGCCGCUGGGGGGUGAGCUGCAGGGCCUGCUGGCUGUGAGCAUACUCGUCGUGAGCUGCUUCGCCCACCUCAUAUUCAAGCCCUACAGUGAGGCGCUGUACGGGCUGAACCAGUACGAGACCCUGGCGCUGGGGGUGUCUCUGCAGGUGUACCUCUCAGGGCUGAUAGUCAAUAGCCCCGGCACCUCCGACGUAGCCCGCGUGAUCGUGUCUGUGCUGGCGGUCCUGGCCGUCACGGUCCUUCUUGGCGGCUUCCUGUACGAGCUGGCCCACGAGAGCCACAACUACCUGGACUUCCUGCUGGACGAGAAGGCGUUGCUGGAGAAGGCAGGAGAGGAUGCGGGCAUGACGCGAAAGGUGGGAAUGCUGGGCAAGUACUACGUGGACAAGUCCAAGGACAUCGUGGGCCAGUCGGUGGCGAAGGUCAGCUCCACCGCCCAGCGCACGCUCAACCGCAUGAGCGCCCAGGUGCAGGAGCUGGGCUCGACGUCCAAGACGCGCCGGAGCGCGGGGGCCUCCCUCAGCGGCCUGCCUCAUGGGCCGCGACCCACGAUGAGCAUGAACGCAUCCGGGUCGAAGCAAGAGAAUCAGAAACACGUUCUGGGCAGCCAAUCGGCGCAGCCGAGUGGGCCCACUCGCCGCAUGCCGGAGCUCUAG